AUGGAAACCAAGACCUUGCGGCUGGUGCAAGUGAUUCCAUUUCUUGUGAACAUUGCAGUCAAAGCACUAUUCAUAGGAUGGAAGAAAACUGCAAGCAGACCUCAAAAUGUUGCUUGUAGACACAACACAAAAGAAGUCAAGACACCAGUACAGAACAUCGACCAAACCGUUGUCUGUAUUAAACAACAAUGCAAGAGCCGAGUGACUGAGAAGUGCGUGUUUCGAAGGUGUGCCAAAAAUCACCUGAAACGCUAUUUUGGUAAACCCAAGCGAUUUGGAGAAAAACUGAAGCACAGAAUUUGCAAACCUUUUCCAUCGGAUCACCAAUAUAACCAACUAUCCACAAUCGAUCUGAUCGACAAACGUCUAUCCUCACAAAUCCGCAAAGAUGAAGAAACCAAGAUAAGCAUUGCAACCGUUCCUUCGAUAAAUGAGCAGAAUCCGGCCGGGCUAGCAAGCAGCGUGAUGGCGGGGGCGUCAGAGCUUGCAGCCGAGGACCUCGCAGCAGCAGAGCCAGAGGCAGGGGGAGCAGAGGGAGCAGAGGAAGCAGAGGAGGAGUCGCGAGGGGCGGACGUCGGGCACACGGUCAGGCAGGACGGAGGGCAGAUACGGACGACGGAGGCGGAGGCGACCCCGCUGAGGCUAGCGGUAGGGGAGCAGUAUCCGGCCGGGCUAGCAAGCAGCGUGAUGGCGGGGGCGUCAGAGCUGGCAGCCGAGGACCUCGCAGCAGCAGAGCCAGAGGCAGGGGGAGCAGAGGGAGCAGAGGAGGAGUCGCGAGGGGCGGACGUCGGGCACACGGUCAGGCAGGACGGAGGGCAGAUACGGACGACGGAGGCGGAGGCGACCCCGCUGAGGCUAGCGGUAGGGGAGCAGUAUCCGGCCGGGCUAGCGAGCAGCGUGAUGGCGGGGGCGUCAGAGCUGGCAGCCGAGGACCUCGCAGCAGCAGAGCCAGAGGCAGGGGGAGCAGAGGAAGCAGAGGAGGAGUCGCGAGGGGCGGACGUCGGGCUGAGUCGGAGGGCUUCAAUCAUUAAGUCUCGCUCUGGAUGUGCUUGCGACGAGCAUGAGCCGCCAGGGAUACAGGUUGACUACGCCUCGUCACCUUGCUCAGAAGUGUCUAGCUCGCCGAUCUCCUCAAGGGCCCUGCUGAUCGAAUUCAGCGAGACCAAAUCCAGCGUCCACAGGUCACGGCGGGUCCUCAAACUGAUCAACUCCAACUGCUGUCAAAGUGUUGAAUCAAUCACGUCUGAGUUGGUGGUGGAGCAGCGCAAGUGCACUGUGACGAAGAGAUCGCAGAGAGAAGCAUCGCGAUCGAAGGAGAACGUCAUCCCACCCUCUCCGAAGGGCAAGGAGGCAGAGGGAGGGCCGAGCAGUCUUUUCACCGUUUGGGAACCUGUGCUUGCCUUCCGAUAG